AUGGCGGCGGCGUGUCUUGUGCGCCUGUUGCCGCUUGCUUCGGCGCCUGGUAACUACAGCCCCGCACCCGGGCCGGGGGUGCCUGAAGUCUGGCUCGUGGUGCACAUGAGAAUUCGCACCAGCGAGCCCAACUACUGCUUCGAGACGGUCGCCCGUAGGGACGGAUACGUCCACCCGGACAAUUGUAGUGAUUUGCCGAGCCCCAAGGACUACGACGAAGGCGGGUACUUCUACGGCCUUCCGGAGCAGUUGCGGCCCGAUCUUGAUAUCGAGGCAGCUGGGAAAGCGGCCCGAGAGGCACUUCCGGUUUUCGGCCGCCUUAAGGACGACAAUUGGGGCCUUCCCAGCACGUGA